UUUGCACCGGGUCCGCCAGAUUGCUGCUAAAAUUGGAGAUAUUCCUCACUUGAAUAAUACCGCGCCACUGGUGGACCCCUCUGUCUAUGGUUAUGGAGUACAAAAAAGGCCCCUGGAUGAUGGAGAAUGAAGAAAUUAACAGACCAGUUGCAUUGGGGAGGGGAAAAGAGAAGAAUGAAUCCCUCUCUACCAUGGGGCACACACUUUAUCAGUCUCUGGACUGGAAAUUCCUGCAUGUUGCACAAUCACCUAGUCUGUAUUUGGCAAAAGCUGGUCCAAUAAGAUUACCUCACCCACCCACCCACCUCUCUAAUAUCUUGGGACCAACAUGGCUACAGCAUUGCAAAAAAUACUCUCUUAUAUCUGAAGAAUGUGAGGUGCAUCGGUUUCCUUAUUCUCAUCAUCUGAGUGACAACUUAUCACCAAGAAGUCUCCGUUUAAGUGGGCUCCAUGGAGCACAGAUAAGAGAUACAGAGAGAAUAGGUAACCAGUUAGGGGCCCUGGUACAUCAAAGGACAGUAAUAACAGAAGAAUUCAAAGUGCCUGAUAAAAUGGUUGGAUUUAUAAUCGGCAGGGGCGGUGAACAGAUCUCACGGAUCCAGGCAGAGUCUGGCUGCAAAAUUCAGAUUGCUCCAGACAGCGGCGGGAUGCCCGAGAGGCCCUGUGUGCUCACCGGAACACCAGAGAGCAUUGAACAAGCGAAGAGGCUAUUGGGGCAGAUAGUGGAUCGCUGUCGGAAUGGCCCUGGCUUUCACAACGAUGUUGAUGGCAACAGUACGAUCCAGGAGAUUCUGAUCCCGGCAUCCAAAGUGGGUCUAGUCAUUGGCAAAGGAGGCGAAACAAUAAAACAGUUGCAGGAGCGAACAGGUGUGAAAAUGGUUAUGAUCCAAGAUGGCCCAUUACCGACGGGAGCAGAUAAACCUCUCCGUAUUACUGGAGAUGCUUUUAAAGUACAGCAAGCCAGGGAAAUGGUACUGGAGAUCAUCCGAGAGAAAGAUCAGGCAGAUUUCCGAGGCGUACGAAGUGAUUUCAGCUCUAGAAUGGGAGGAGGGAGCAUAGAGGUCUCUGUGCCCAGGUUUGCUGUUGGAAUUGUAAUAGGAAGAAAUGGAGAAAUGAUCAAAAAGAUUCAGAACGAUGCUGGCGUUAGAAUUCAGUUUAAACCAGAUGAUGGGAUUAGUCCUGAAAGAGUCGCGCAGGUCAUGGGGCUUCCUGAUCGGUGUCAGCACGCAGCUCAUAUCAUCAAUGAGCUUAUUCUCACAGCACAGGAACGAGAUGGCUUUGGAAGUCUGGCAGUAGCCCGGGGAAGAGGUCGUGGUCGUGGGGACUGGAGCGUUGGGACACCUGGGGGGAUGCAGGAAAUAACCUACACGGUGCCAGCUGAUAAGUGUGGUCUUGUUAUAGGCAAAGGUGGAGAGAACAUCAAGAGCAUAAACCAGCAGUCAGGAGCCCAUGUGGAGCUGCAAAGAAAUCCACCUCCCAACACGGACCCUAGCGUACGGAUAUUCACCAUCAGAGGAGUUCCUCAACAGAUUGAGCUCGCUAGACAUCUCAUAGAUGAGAAAGUUGGUGGUACCAGCAUGGGUGGACCUGGCGGUUUUGGUCAAAAUCCUUUCAGCCAAGCACCUGCUACACCUCAUCAAAAUGGUCCUCAGGCAUUCAUGACACAGGGUUGGGGCAGCACCUACCAGACGUGGCAACAGCCUGGACAGCAAGUCCCAAAUCACAAUGGUACCCAGUCAGGCCAGGUGGAGUUCACCAAGGCGUGGGAGGAUUAUUAUAAGAAACUAGGCCAACAGAGCCAGCAGCAGAACAGCCAGCCUGAUUACAGCAAGGCGUGGGAGGAGUAUUACAAAAAACAGAGUCACGCUGCCAGUGCUGCUUCUCAGGCAAGUUCCCAGCCGGACUACACAAUGGCAUGGGCGGAGUAUUACAGACAGCAGGCUGCCUACUAUGGGCAGACACUAGGGCAAGCUCAGGCCCACAGCCAGGAGCAGUAGAACAAUGUCCUUGUGGCAAAAUUUUUUCUUGGAAUCAUUGUGGAAGAAAACCUUUUUGUAACAGAGGUUUCUAGAUUUGCAACAUUUUGAUGAAGACUUUUCUGUUUGUUUGUGAAACACUAGUUGUAGGAUAAUCUAAACUGAACUUUUCUAAGAAUCAGGAACAAUUAGUAAUGUACUAAACUUAUGGACAUGCUGGUAAUUUUUUGUUUCCAAAUUUGUAAAAACUCCGGGAUUCUUUUUGGAAAGAAGCCAGAGAAUUACAGGCACCAAAACGCACCCCAGAGCUGUGACAUUUCAACAUGUGGUUUUUUGUGUGUUUUUUUUUUUUUCUUUUUAGUUUUCAAUCUUUUCUGUUGCAACAGAAAGAGUGGCUUGGAAGUCUUAGGUGGUAUGUAACAAAUCCUAAAAAAAAAAAAUUUUAAACAGUAUUUAAAUAUUCUUAAAUAUGUAAAUUCAUUAAAUGUUUUACUUCUAAUUUCUUGUAUCUUGGCUGUCUUUUUGAUUUUAUUGCAUUUUUUAAAAAACUGAACUAUGGUAUGUAUUGUAAUUAAUUAAUUAUGUGAAUUCUGUAUUGAGACACUUACUGUUUUGCUGUCAGGCAAGUGGGGGGGAGGUAUUUUGUAGGGUUUGUAUAAUUUCUAGAGUUCUAAAGGGUAAUAUAAAAAUGUGUUAAUUUUUUUAGCAAUACAUUUUUUCAUGUCUCCAUUGCUGGUUGCAUUUAUGUAUCUAAGACCUCCAAGCUUGUUUAAAGAAAAAAAACAAAAAAAACCCUUCCUCUAUGCUCUCAGAAAUAUAAAUACUGUUAUUUUUAAUAUUAAAAUGAAUCUGCUAUUAGUACCUUUAACAAACACUGUGGAACAUUAAACCAUAUAAAAAGUAGUAACUAUUUUUUAAUUCCAGGGUGUUUUUUGCUUUUUUCAUUUUUCUUUUUAAAUAUUUUCUUAUCUAAUAUUUGUCAAAUUACCUAGAGAAAUAAAUGAAUCUAGUAUUAACCACAGUAUGCGCUAAAUAAUUUUGAUUUAAUAAAAGGGAUAAUAUGAUUUCCAAUGUUUACUGUAGUGUUUCUUGUACAGAUAACAGUGUAUUUUUAAAGGAAAAAACGGAAUUGAAGCUAUUUUUUCUUGCAUUUUUAAUUGACCUGCGGGACAUUCCGUUUUGAAAUGUACUGAAGUUACUGUUCUUGGGUUCUUUCCUUAUUUUUCCUUAUAAUGCUUGAAAUGUCUAACUCUAAAGAAACACCAUUGGAUAAUGUUGAGCAUGAUGUUAAAAAAAGUGUUCUUUUUAUUUGACUGACAGUUGCAUUUUACACUCUAUAUAAUAAAAUUUCCACAAGAUGUCUUGUGGGUGAAGUA